GUCAUAACAGAUCACAUGCAUUAUAAGGUAUUUGGCUUGAGGAGAACUUUGCCCGGGACAGUGUGGACAGAACCAAGAUGGGGAAAAGACGGUUCUCAGGUUUGGAGGUGACCCUAAUGGUCAUGUUCACAUUGAUGUUGGCAAUAGCCAUUGCUUUUAUAGUUCUGUUUGCUACUGGUGAACCUGGGACCAUUAAAGAUGAGACAACUGAGGUAUUUGUUCCACUGUGUCCAAACAUUCCUCAUGCAGAAAGAGUGGACUGUUUCCCUGAUGCUGGAGCCUCCAAGCAAGGAUGCCAGCAACGUGGAUGCUGCUGGAGUCCACUGGAUGAACACAAUGUACCCUGGUGCUUCUUUUCCACCAACCAAGGAUACACUGUUGAAUCUGUGGAGCAACCUGAUCCUUACGUAAUGAAGGCAAGUUUAAAGAGAAUGGCCGCCCCUUCCUUGUUUGGAGCAGACAUACAAGAACUGUCAUUUCAUGCUGAAAUGCAAACAGGCAAUCGACUUCGUUUUAAGAUAUCUGAUGCCCGCAAGCAGAGGUUUGAGGUGCCCCAUGAACACGUCGGCAGCCUCAGCAAUCACCCAACUAGCCCCAUCGGCAACACACUGGAGAUCAGACACAACCCUUUUGGCCUGGUUGUUCGCAGGAAGGGGAACAAGAAAAUUCUGUUUGACACAACGAUGGGCCCAUUAGUGUUCGCAGACCAGUACCUGCAGCUGUCUGCCAAACUUCCAUCCCAUAAUAUUUAUGGCCUGGGAGAACAUGUGCACCGGCACUUUCGCCAUGACACACACUGGAAGACCUGGCCCAUAUUCACCAGAGAUGCUUUUCCCAAUGGGGGAACACACAACUUGUAUGGACACUAUCCCUUCUUCCUUUGUUUGGAAGAUGAGAGUGGAAUGUCAUUUGGUGUUUUCCUCAUGAACAGCAAUGCAAUGGAAGUGACUUUGCAACCUGCUCCUGCUGUGACGUACAGAACAAUUGGAGGAAUCUUGGACUUUUAUAUAUUUUUUGGAGCUACACCAGAGCAAGUUGUGCAGGAGUUCCUUGAGCUUAUUGGCAGGCCUGUCAUUCCGCCCUACUGGUCACUGGGAUUCCAGCUUUCCAGGUGGGACUACGGUAACCUGACUGAGGUUAAGGCAACCGUGGAAAGGAACCGUGCAGUGGAGCUUCCAUACGAAAUCCAGUAUACUGACAUUGACUAUAUGGAGGAUAAGAAGGACUUCACCUAUGACAAAGUCAAGUUCAGUGAGCUGCCUCAGUUCGCUGACUAUCUUCACGAGAAGGGACAGAAAUACAUCCUCAUUCUGGAUCCUGCAAUAGCCACCAGUAAGAGGGUUGGGGAUGCCCCAUAUGAGUCCUUUGAUCGCGGGACUGAGAAGAAUGCAUGGGUCACUGAAUCAGAUGGGAAAACUCCUCUACUGGGAGAGGUCUGGCCAGGCGAGACAGUAUUUCCAGACUACACUAGCCAGAAUUGCAUCGACUGGUGGGUUGAUGAGUAUGAACGAUUCUAUCAGGAGAUCAAACAUGAUGCCCUUUGGAUAGACAUGAAUGAGGUGGCUAAUUUCAAGAAAGGAUCAACUAAGGGAUGUGCUGAUAACAACCUCAACUAUCCUCCGUACACUCCAAAAAUUCUGGAUAAAGUGAUGUACAGUAAGACUCUGUGUAUGGAUGCCAAGCAGGCCUGGGGGAACCACUAUGAUGCCCACAGUCUCUAUGGCUACUCAAUGGUGCUGGCUACUGAAAAAGCUCUGCAGCAUGUGUUUGGAAGGAACCGUACUCUGAUGCUGACCCGCUCCUCCUUUCCAGGUGUGGGAAAAUAUUCGGGUCACUGGCUGGGGGACAAUGCUGCCAACUGGAACGACAUAAAAUGGGCCAUUCCUGGCAUGCUUGAGUUUGGUCUGUUUGGGAUUCCUUAUAUUGGAGCUGACAUCUGUGGAUUUUUUGAUGACUGCAGUGAAGAGUUAUGUCGUCGCUGGAUGCAAGUCGGGGCUUUCUAUCCCUUCAGCCGUAACCACAAUGCUCAGGGCUACCGGCCUCAGGAUCCAGCUGCAUAUGGCGCAGGCUCAACCCUGGUGGAGAGCUCCAAACACUACCUGAGGAUUCGUUACACACUGCUGCCAUACCUCUACACACUCUUCUUCAAAGCCAGCACCACAGGGGAGACCGUUGUGCGUCCCCUGAUGCAUGAGUUCUAUUCCGACAAAGCCACCUGGGAUGUUGACCGUCAGUUUCUGUGGGGGAAAUACCUAAUGAUCACGCCUGUACUCGACCCGGGUGUGUCUAUGUUGAGGGCAUAUAUCCCGGAUGCUUUGUGGUAUGACUACGAGACGAUGAAACCGCUGUCAGACCGCAGACAACAUACUCAGCUGCAUUUACCAGCCGACAAGAUUGGUUUACACAUCAGAGGCGGUGCCGUUCUUCCCACACAGAUGCCCGAUGUCACCACCACAUACAGUCGGCGAAAACCCAUGGGUUUGAUUGUUACUCUUGAUGAUAAUGGCGAUGCUGCAGGGGAGCUGUUUUGGGACGAUGGAGAUUCCCGAGAGACUGUUAAAAGCGGCACCUACAUCCACUACAAAUUCACUGUUAUCUACGGAGUACUGACCAUGCAGGUGACUCACGCUGGCUACAAGGAUCCAAACGACCUAAAGUUUGAGGACAUAACAGUGCUUGGGGUACUUCACCCUCCUAAGUCUGUCUCUGUGACGCAUGUGGACUCAGGAUCACAUGUAAACACUACCAGCAUGGUUCCGAGUGCCAGCAUACAGUAUGAUGCAGCCAAGGAGGUUUUGUUGUUACGGAACCUGUCCUUAAACCUGGGGGAAACAUACAUGGUGCGCUGGGAGGUGGUAAGUGAAGACCUCCAACGCUUUGACUGCCACCCUGAGGAGCAUGCAGAUGAGGCAAAGUGCAAAGCCAGAGGCUGCAUCUGGAAGGAAAGCACAAUUGAACGUGUUCCAUGGUGCUUCUAUCCCAAAGACUACGGAUACUCUGUUGGAACAUUUGAAGAAACCAGCUCAGGAAUUUCGUUUGUUAUCGAUCGUAACAAACGGUACCGGAGCAGUGGUCGCCCUGAGUCACCUGACAUCGACAACCUCCAUGUUCAGAUCAACUACCACAGCAGUAAUAUGCUACAGUUCAAGAUCUGGGACCCAGCCACAGAUCGUUAUGAGGUUCCAGUUCCAUUGUCUGUCCCACCUGUCCCUGAGACUAAUGAGGACAAAAGGCUUUACAAGGUCCUCUUCAAGAACAAUCCAUUUGGCAUCCAGGUCAUACGGAAAAGCACAGGAACCAAGAUUUGGGACUCCUCUCUGCCAGGCUUUACUUUCUCAGACAUGUUCAUCCAAGUGUCGACGCUUCUGUCAUCCGAGUACGUGUACGGCUUUGGCGAGACUGAACAUCAAACAUACAAACAUGACUUGAACUUUCACACCUGGGGUAUGUUCUCCAAGGACCAGCCGCCUGGCUACAAGAUGAACUGCUAUGGAGUGCAUCCGUUCUAUAUGGGACUGGAGACAACUGCAGACGCUCAUGGCGUGUUGCUGCUAAACAGCAAUGCAAUGGAUGUGACUUUCCAGCCCACGCCAGCUUUAACCUACCGAACUGUGGGAGGAAUUCUGGAUUUCUACAUGGUCCUGGGACCUACACCUGAGAUGGUGGUGCAAGAGUACACUGCUCUGAUUGGGCGACCUGUUUUACCUGCGUAUUGGUCCCUUGGAUUUCAGCUUUGUCGCUAUGGUUAUGCUAACCACCAGGAGAUAGCAGAUCUAUACGAGGGAAUGAGGACGGCAGGCAUCCCUUAUGAUGUGCAAUAUGCAGACAUUGACUACAUGGAUCGGCAGCUUGACUUUGUCCUGGACCCCGAGUUUUCUGGACUCCCUACCCUCGUUGAAAACAUGAGAAAAGAGGGCAUGAGGUUCAUUUUUAUUCUGGACCCAGCCAUUUCAGGCAAUGAGACUGGUUAUCCUGCCUUUGAAAGAGGUAAAGCCGCAGAUGUAUUCAUCAAAUGGCCCAAAAACCUUGGUGGUGACAUUGUGUGGGGGAAGGUUUGGCCAGAUUUGCCCAAUGUCACAGUUGAUGACUCUCUGGACUGGGAUACCCAAGUAGAGCUCUACAGGGCUUACACCGCCUUCCCUGACUUCUUCCGUGAAGUAACCGCAAGUUGGUGGGAACAAGAAAUCAUGGAUUUCUAUCAGAAAACUAUGAAAUUUGAUGGCAUCUGGAUUGAUAUGAAUGAGCCUGCUAGUUUUGUGCAUGGUACAGUUGGGGAGUGUCUGGGUAACGGUUUGCUUGAGAAUCCUCCGUAUAUGCCAUCCUUGGAGUCUAAACAUCUUGGCUUAAACCAUAAGACUCUGUGCAUGAACAGCGAACAGAUACUCAGUGACGGAAAGGCAGUUAAACACUAUGAUGUCCACAGCAUCUAUGGCUGGUCCCACACCAAACCUACUUAUGAUGCCUUGCUGAAUAUAACAGGUAAAAGAGGAAUAGUGGUGACCAGGUCGACUUACCCCUCCAGCGGAAAAUGGGCUGGACAUUGGCUGGGUGACAACAAUGCCAGCUGGGACCAGUUAUAUAAAUCCAUCAUAGGCAUGAUGGAAUUCAGUCUGUUUGGCAUCCCUUAUACCGGAGCAGACAUAUGUGGGUUCUUUAAUGCAGCAGAGUAUGAGAUGUGUCUUCGUUGGAUGCAGCUGGGUGCCUUCUAUCCAUACUCACGCAACCACAACGGGAAAGGCAACCCGAGACAAGAUCCUGUUGCCUGGAACUCCACCUUCGCAGAGGCAUCCCGAAAAGUCCUCAACAUCCGUUACACCCUCCUGCCAUACCUGUACACGCUCAUGUUUGAGGCACAUAUCACAGGAAGCACCGUUGUCAGACCGCUGUUGCAUGAGUUUGUCAAGGAUAGAACGACUUGGGACAUCCACAAACAAUUUUUGUGGGGACCUGCUCUUCUUAUCACCCCUGCCCUUGAAGCGGGAACCACACAUGUAGAAGGCUAUAUCCCCGAUGCACGCUGGUAUGACUUCCACACGGCCAAAGAUGUCAAUGUGCGUGGUCAAAUGGUCUUGAUGCCCACACCGAUGGACCAUAUCAAUCUUCACAUCAGAGGAGGUUACAUCUUACCAUGGCAGAGGCCAGAGAACACAACAUCCUACAGCCGGAAGAAUCCCUUGGGACUGAUCGUUGCCCUUAGCGACAAUGGGACUGCUCAAGGAUCAUUCUUCUGGGACGAUGGAGAAGGAAUAGACACCAUUGAAAAGAGACAAUAUCUGCAGACCUCCAUGGUUGUAGAAUCGAACACCCUGUCUAGUACGGUUAUCCAGAACGGCUUGUUUGCUGCUGACCAUUUGAUCCUUGGGGUAGUAAAGGUCUGGGGGACAGGCACUGCUAACAUCACGGAGGUGACUAUAACAGAUGUUGCUGGAGCCACGCAUCCUCUGACACCACAGUAUAACGCUGACACUCAGGAGCUGAUUAUAGAUGCAACUGCAACAUCUAUCCGUGUGGAUCAUCCUUUUACUAUUACAUGGAAGGGCAGUGUCUGAUAUGAUGAUAUGUUCAGAUAUUAUGUUCAGUUGGUGAAUAUUUAACAUACCUGUGUACAGAGGCCCACUUAUGCCAUUAUAAAUGAUCAUAACCAAUUGAUGCAUUCUCACUUUGAACAUGUGAAUGAGAGGUGAUUUCACAAUAUACAAUUAAUUGAUCUCAACAUGUUUGAUUAAACUUUUUACACUGUUGACUCAAAUUUGCAAUUUGAUAUUGAUUGUGUUAGUAGGUGAUAGUGAGUAUAAGUGGCAGACCAAAAGAAAAUCUUUUUAUGUGAGUGAAUUUGGUAAAGUGAAUUAGAAAGGUUACCGUAUCCGGUACCGAGUCUCAUGCCACCAAAGCACAGCUAAGCACAAUCUGUGCCUUUUCAGUCAGCAAGUAAAUGCAGCUCCUCAUUUUACUGCAGGCAGUAAUGUGAUGUAAAUGGGUAUUUUUUUUCACCAAUAUUCCUUGCAGUGGCCAAAUCCCACACUCUAUUACUUGACUCACUCACCCAUUUGUCUGGCCAAUCAGAGACUACUGAUGUUGAAUCAAGCUUGGUUGACAAAACAACAGCUCUUGCUGAUUCUUCAGUUUAGUCUGUUGUAUAAGGAAUGCUAUGCAGAAAUUAUGGAAUUUCCACAUUAUGAUUGCUAUUUCUUUAGAAGAUGUGAAACUUUUUCAAACCAUCUGUGACUAUUAAACUAUACUGGUGAUGAGACAUGAACAGUUAUUUGUCAUUAGUUAC